AUGUGGGGAGCCAAUCAGAUGCACUCCACAUUACAUUGGAUACACACAUUGAUCACGCGGCUUCUGUAUAACAAAUAUGGUCACGGUAUCAAUUCAAUUCCAGGUCCGACGCUGGCUUCGUUUACCAAUUUAUGGAGAUUCUUCCUGGUGACCCGCCGCCGACCUGAAUUGAAGCAUAUCGAACUACAUCAAAAGUACGGUAGUGUUAUUCGCAUUGGUCCGAAUGUUGUCUCUGUGUCGGAUCCAAAUGCUGUUAAGAUCAUCUACGCAAUAAACGCGGGAUUUGUGAAGUCCGACUUCUAUACUGUGCAAAAGCCAAUCGCGAAAGACGGCACGCCCCUUGAGGGUCUAUUCAGCACUACAAACGAGAAAUACCACGCAAAGCUGCGAAGAGCCAUAUCAAGCGCGUACUCCAUGAGUACACUGGUCCAAUUUGAACCGCUGAUGGACUCGACAACAGCCAAAUUCCUCGAGCAACUCUCUGAGCGGUAUGCGGACCGCCACGGAGCCGACGGAGUUUGUGAUCUGGGGGCAUGGCUCCAGUAUUAUGCCUUCGACGUGAUCGGCGAACUUACAUUCUCGAGACGUCUAGGGUUUGUGGAUCAAGGAGCUGAUAUCGACGGUAUAAUCCGCGACCUUGAAAAGUUGUUGAAUUACUUUGCAUCGGUUGGACAGAUGCCCAUGCUUCAUUCCUACCUGCUGCUCAACCCGCUUCGAAUCUGGUUGAACCGACUCGGACUGUUUAACCUAUCCUCCCCGGUCGUGGCCUUCGCAAGAAAAUGCAUGGCUGAUAGACUCGAUCAGAAAGCACGGCACCUAACAAUGACAGAGCAUAAUGAACAAAUCGGAUCUCAGGACUUCCUCUCACGAUUCGCAGACGCGGGGCGAAAGGAUCCAGGAUUUAUGACCAGGGAUCGAAUCCUAACCAUGACGACGACAAAUAUGUUCGCAGGCUCGGAUACAACCGCAAUCACCCUGCGGGCUAUCUUCUACUAUCUGCUCAAAAAUCCAGAGUGUAUGCAGUGUUUAAUGGAAGAACUAGGCCACGAGGAACAAGCUGGACGCUUCAGCAGUGACGAUGGACUUCUGUUAUGGAACGAAGUACGAGACCUACCGUAUCUGGGUGCGGUCAUCAAGGAGGCACUGCGGUGUCAUCCUCCUGCUGGCCUUGCCUUGGAGCGGGUUACUCCCCCAGGUGGCGUAUGGAUUAACGGAUAUUUCCUCCCUGGGGGAACAAUCGUCGGUUGCAGCCCAUGGACUUUGCAUCUCAACGAGUCCAUAUUCGGCGAAUGCCCAGAUCUAUUCAAGCCCGAAAGAUGGCUGGAGGCGUCGGAUGCGAGGAAGGUAGAAAUGCAAAACGCUUUGUUUAGCUUCGGGGCGGGUUCCCGGACUUGCAUCGGGAAGCACAUUAGCCUUCUAGAGAUGCACAAACUCGUCCCUGCAGUUUUGCGACGGUUUGAGAUCUCAUUUACAAACCCAGAAGCACCGUGGAGAUUACAUAAUGCGUGGUUUGUGAAACAGACGGGAUUUUCCGUGAGACUGAAGACAAGAAAAGGUAUGGUCGCAUAA